AGCACCCUUUCACUCAGAUAUUUUCUUCUUCUCCUAAUCUACGUUCCAUUUCUUUAUAUAAACCCCUGCCUCUGCCCUUGGUUUUUCAACCCUCUAUGUGGUUGCUUAACAGCAACAACAACAAUAUUACGGCAUUGAAAGAGCUGGGGUUUUCACAACUGCUUCUCAGAUAUUGGGUCUUUUUUAUGCCUGUUUGGAAAUAAAAACUGGGUCAACGAUGGAGGCUGAACAUGGCUUACCAUCUUAUUAUAAUGUUCUAGGUGUCAAGCUGGAUGCUUCUACCCAAGAUAUCAAGCGUGCUUAUCGAAAGCUUGCAAUGCAAUGGCAUCCAGAUAGGUGGACAAGAACACCUUCUCUAUUGGGUGAAGCUAAGCGUAAAUUCCAGCAGAUUCAAGAAGCCUAUUCAGUUUUAUCAGACCAGAGGAAGAGAAUUCUGUACGAUGCUGGGUUAUAUGAUCCUGAAGAUGAAGAGGACGAGGGCUUUUCUGACUUUGCAGCGGAAAUGAUCACUCUAAUGGCGCAGACGAGGAAAGAGGAAAAAGAUUGCAGCCUUGAGGAGCUACAAAAGAUGUUCUGGGAAAUGGCACAAGAAUUUCAGUCACCUUCAUGGUUUUGUGGAUCAUUUCAAAAAUCUGGGAGCCCGAAGAGGACAAAAUGGGAUUCAGCUCGGAUGAGUGAUAGACGUUCACAUGUAGGUGUAUCAGGGCUCAAGAUGUAUGAAACCAGAAGUUAUUGAAGUUUCUGCUUUAAUUAACAACAGAAAUCAUUUGGACAAGGGAAUGAUACUCAUUCUAGUACUUCAUUGAUCCUCAUCUCAAAGCAGAUGAUACCUGAAUUCUAUGUGCUUCUCAAAUCUUUGGAAACAAGCCUAGAAUGAUUGGGUAUGGUUACACUUGUUGGAUUUUGUAGUUGGGGUUUGGACUUUUACUUUUGUCAUGGCAUGGUGCUUUGUGAGCGGCUGGUCAGAGUGCUCAGGGAUAUCUACACUCCCGGAUGGUAAUGUACACACACUUCCUUGGUGUUCACUAUAUAUAUAUAAUGUAGUUGAGCAAAUGUGAAAGGACCGUUUUCUCCAAAAUCGAUUUCUUGUAUCUGUUUGAUCAGAAUUGCUUGUGUCUGACUUUGUUAUUGUAGUGGAAAAUAUGCUUCUCUCGACUGAUUUAGGCGGUUAUAUAAGCCUAGUAAUUUGACAAUCAUUGAUAACAUUUGGAAUGCUGAUGUAAGCAGCAAAUCUAGAAAUUGCUAGCUGAGCAAAGGCGGGAACAAGGUCUUGGUGCUAUGUGCAAAUAGUUACUAUCUAAUUGUUUGAUUGCAAAAA